UAAUGCCUCCAAAGAAACAACAUCAUAAAACCUAGUCUUCUGAUAUCUCUGCUUAAGCAAUAAUCAAUUUUCUCUCAAACAGAGAUCCAUAGAAUGGUCGAUAAUCUCCAACCAAAUAACUUGAUUAACUAAAAAUGAAGACUUAAACUCAUCAAAGUCCAUAACCAGUUAAAGUAACUUAGUAAUAAUAAACUUUGCUAUAAAACAUGAUGAGACAAAGCUAAAGGAAAUUACAAUAACCUGAAACAACAAAAUCAAGAAUUGGUCUUAUGUCUCCAAAGGUUUUGAGUCAAAUCCAUAUGAAAACAUAGCCACAUUCUCACUAGAACUCAUAAGUUAAUUUAAAAGAGUCAAUGCAAUAAUUAAUGUCAAUUCCACUUUCAGCUACAAGUAAAGUAGUUAGCAAAGAAAAAAAACUUAUAGAAGAAUUGCUAGCUAAAACUAAGAACUCUAAAUAGUAAUAAUUCUUUCCAAAGAGCCCAUCAAUUGAAUAAAAAUUUUAAACUCAUUCUGGAUCAUAACCGCUUAUUUUUUUAGAGAAGUUUAAACCAACUACUGCUAGGUAUAAAUUUAUUUUAUUAUUAACAGAAAAUAGGAAAUGAUGACAAUUGUGCUUUAAUAUAAAAACUUCCGUUAAAAAUAUGCGAUAGACAUAUCCAUGAAUAAGAUUUAAUGGUUAAUUGAUUUUGUUAAGCAAGAACUUGGAAUACCUAUAUAAGGGAUUAGAACUACUGGAAUUUCUAUACCAAUUGAUUUUAUUCUAUCUAAACCUGAAAAACCUUUAAAUUUACUGUCAGGAUUUCCAAUUCAACCUCUAUAAAUAGAACCAAUUAUUCUAAAUCCUAAUGAACCAAAAGCAGCUAGAGUCACACUUAAGGAUUUUGAAUUUAUAAGGUGUAUAGGAAUGGGAGGAUUUUCAAAAGUGUAUAUGGUUAGAGAAGUGCAUACAGGAUAAUUUUAUGCUAUGAAAUUGAUAGAAAAAAAACCAAUUCUUUAAUAAAAUAAAUAAUAAAUUAUUUAAUAAGAAAGGGAUAUAAUGUCAAAUUUGGAUCAUCCAUUUAUUGUUGGAUUGUAAUAUGCAUUUGAAUCACGAAAAUAUCUGGUUUUUGUAUUAGAAUAUUGUUUUGGAGGAGAAUUAUUUUAUCUAUUAAGAAAGGUAAAGAUAAAUCAACAUAACUAUAGGUAAAAAGAAUGAACGAAUAAGAAGCAUUUUUUUACUUUGCUGAGAUUUGUCUUGGAAUGAAAAAUCUUCAUGAUAAUAAUAUUAUUUAUAGAGAUAUCAAACCAGAGAACAUUUUAAUUGAUUUUGAUGGACAUGUUCGUAUUGCAGAUUUUGGAUUAUCAAAACCAGGUAUGGUUGAUCAAGAAGUAGCUUACUCUUUUUGUGGUAGUCCAGAAUAUAUGGCACCUGAAAUGCUUUUAAAAUCAGGCCAUACUAUAUAGUUAGAUUUAUAUUGUUUAGGAGCACUUCUGUAUGAAUUAGUUACAGGAUUACCUCCAUUCUAUUCAAGAAACACAGAUGAAAUAUAUUAAAGAAUAUUGAAUGCUAAACUAACUUUUCCAUAAAACUUAUCUGCAUCCAUUAAAGAUCUAUUGAAUGGAUUAUUGGCAAAGAAUCCUAAAAAAAGAAUCGAAAGUAUUGAUACUAUAUUAAGACAUCCUUGGAUGAUUUAAUGGGGAGAUAAAAAUCUUUAUAAAGACUUAUUGUCAAAAAAGAUUGAACCCCCAUUUAAACCAGAUUGUUUUGCCUUUAAUUUUGAUGAAGAGGAGUUUGGUAAAGGUGAAGCAGAAUUUCUGUAAUACAUUAAACCAUUAUAAUAAAAUGUGAUGGAAAAUUAUCCAAAAGAUAUAAUCUUGAAAAAUUUUUAUUAUAAUUGUAUGUAAGAAAGCACUGGAGGUACCAUGCAAAGAUGA